CCCAGGGUGGGGACCAGGCACGCUGCAGCCCCCUCCUCCGACCUGGGCGCUCUCCCAUCUCGGAAUGCGGGUGGAGGUUCCUCAUUCAGGCGCCCCAGGCAUCGGAUUCUGGGCGGGGGCGCGUGGCAGCCGCCAGGAGCCCGGCUGGAGCGCCCGCCCCGCGGCCUCGCCUCCCCGCCGAGCCGCCAGCGCCUCGGGACGCGAUGAGGACCUGGGCUUGCCUGCUGCUCUUCGGCUGCGGAUACCUCGCCCAUGCCCUGGCCGAGGAAGCCGAGAUCCCCCACGAGGUGAUUGAGAGGCUGGCGCACAGUCAGAUCCACAGCAUCCGGGACCUCCAGCGACUCCUGGAGAUAGACUCCGUAGGGCCCGAGGGUGCUCUGGAGGUGAGUCUGAGAGCCCACGGGGGCCACUCCUCCAAGCAUGCGCCCGAGAAGCGGCCCGUGCCCAUUCGGAGGAAGAGAAGCAUUGAGGAAGCCAUCCCCGCGGUCUGCAAGACCAGAACAGUCAUUUACGAGAUACCUCGGAGUCAGGUCGACCCCACGUCUGCCAACUUCCUGAUCUGGCCCCCGUGCGUGGAGGUGAAGCGCUGUGCAGGCUGCUGCAACACCAGCAGCGUCAAGUGCCAGCCUUCCCGCGUCCACCACCGGAGCGUCAAGGUGGCCAAGGUGGAGUACAUCAGGAAGAAGCCAAAGUUAAAGGAGGUACAGGUGCGGCUGGAGGAGCAUCUGGAGUGCACGUGCACGGCCACCGGCGCGACCCCGGACCACCGGGAGGAGGAGACAGGAAGGCGUAGGGAGUCAGGUAAAAAACGGAAAAGAAAAAGGUUAAAACCCACCUAACGCAGCCAACCAGAUGUGAGGUGAGAAUAAGCCAGCGGCCCUUUUCCGGGACACGGAUGUACAUGGCGUGUUACAUUCCUGAACCUACUAUGUGCGGUGCUUACUGCCAGUGUGUGGUCUUUGUCCUCCGUGAAAAACUGUCUCCACGCGCACUCUGGAGAACAAAGAGACAGUAUACGUUUGUUCAGUGCGACAUCAAAGCAAGUAUUGUAGCGCUCGGUGAAACAAUAGGAAGCCUCCUCGUCAAACAAAAAAGACAGAGAGCGAGCAAACAACCACGAAACAUGACAAACAAAACUGACUCACACAAAUAUCUACACGGUUGUCGGAAUGGAGGGACGCCCCGUGGGCCGGACGUGUCGCGCCUCGGUGGACUGGAUUUCUGUCCAGGGUGGUCACAGGUGCUUCUGCCGGGGACACAGCGCCUGCUUUCCGGAGGACUCCGGGCGGGUGCCGAGGGCCCUGCGGGGUACGCGGGAGCCAGGAGUGUCUCAGAACCACCACGGGACUUAGAAACACAUCUCCUUGCCGUAGUGUUUAAGUCUAUACAGAAACCUUCCCGAGAGCCUUAAGUGGAUUUUUUUUUACACCAUAAAGUGAUUAUUAAGCUUUCCUUUUUACUCUUUGGCUAGUGUUUUUGUUUUUGUUUUUGUUUUUUUAAAUGAUCUCUUGGAUGGCAUUGACACCUAUAACACCAGGCUGCUGUAAGUCAGGACAGUGGGACGGUAUUUCUCCUCGCAGGAUGCAAACAAACGAGAUGUAUUAAAAUAAAAUGGUAUACCCACCUAUGCAUCAUUUCCUAAAUGUUUCUGGCUUUACGUGUUUCUCCCCGGCCCCAUUGCAUCUUACUUUUUAAUUUAAGCCAUUUCGAGAGAACAGUUGCGUGAACCAAUCGAGUCCGUCCCGGCCUGCCGAUCCCGGGCUCCCCGCCCUGGCCGCCACCAGGUCGCCCCUGUGCCAGUGUCUGGACAGAAUCUAAAUUCUUUAUUUUUGGGAAGAUGUCACGCUUUACAUGUAUUCAACGGAAAUGUGUGUGUGUGUUGUGUUUUUGUUUUGUAAAGGUGAAGUUUGUAUUUUUAUCUAAUAUUACCACUUUUAUAUACCUGA